CCUCACCCUUGUCACUCUGUGGGCCAACCAGCCUAAGAACUACUGGCUCCGACCGCUCCAAACGCUACCUUCAACUCUUUUCGUCUAUUGUGUUAUGGCCUUUUCGUCCUGACUUGUGUUUUCUUCUUCUUUUUACUUCUCCCAACGUCGGGCAUCUCUACUAACCAAAGCAGCUCUUCUUUUCUGCCUUCAUCUGUACAAUCCUCCGUUCCGACGACGACGCUGCGUGUAGAAGAACCGCUGUCUCCUUCAUCAUAAUUCAGUCUACGUUCAUGGGAUAAAAGCAGUCACGCAACGCCGCCGAACAAUCUUUCAUCAUGUCGGCCGAGGAUAAGUACGAUACUCUGGAGAAGAUUGGUCAUGGCUCCUUCGGCGUCAUCCGCAAAGUCCGUCGCAAGGCAGAUGGUUUCAUCAUGUGCCGCAAGGAGAUUUCCUAUCUUCGCAUGUCCCAGAAGGAGCGUGAACAACUUCACGCCGAGUUUCAGAUUCUCUCGCAUCUACGACAUGCCAACAUCGUCGCUUACUACCAUCGCGAACACUUAAAGGCCAGCCAAGAUUUGCAUCUCUACAUGGAAUACUGUGGCAAUGGUGACCUCGGAAGAGUCAUCAAGGAUCUUCAACACAAGGGCCAACGGGCGCAGGAGAGCUUUGUUUGGAGCAUUUUCAGCCAACUUGUCCUCGCUCUGUACCGCUGUCACUACGGUAUUGAUCCGCCAGAGGUCGGCACCAAUGUCUUGGGCUUGACUCAGGGCGCGGCAGCUACCCCUAAGACCCCUGCUGGUGCAAUGACUAUUUUGCAUCGAGAUUUGAAGCCGGAAAAUGUAUUCCUAGGCGAAGACAACUCCGUCAAGUUGGGCGACUUCGGAUUGUCCAAGAUGAUCAAGUCUCAGGAUUUUGCAUCUACCUAUGUUGGAACUCCCUUCUACAUGUCCCCCGAAAUCUGUGCCGCCGAAAAGUAUACUUUAAAAUCCGACAUUUGGUCACUCGGAUGUAUCAUUUACGAGCUUUGCGCCCGUGAACCGCCUUUCAACGCCAAGACACACUUCCAACUUGUUCAGCGAAUCAAAGAGGGCAAGGUUGCUCCUCUGCCUGAAAUCUACUCACCUGAGCUCAACCAAGUUAUUAAGGAUUGCUUACGAGUGAACCCUGAUCGAAGACCUGACACUGCACAGUUGUUGCAUUUGCCGGUUGUCAAGUUGAUGAGGAAGGAAAAGGAAGUUGUCGAUCUCAACAAAGCCCUCAAGACCAAGGAGGAAGAGCUUCGACGAAAAGAGAAAGAGGUCAACGAUAGACUUCUAAACUUUGAAAAAGAGCGACAGCUCUGCAAGGACGAGAUUGAUGGCUCACUCCGACGUGAGUGGGAAGUCAAGGCGCGCCUGGAGAUUGAUCGUCUGGUCAACGUCGAAAUUGAAAAGCUGCAAAAGAGAUUUGAUGAUGAGGUCAAGACUCGAGUGGAUGCAGAGCUGCAAAAGAAAUCAGUUUCCUUUGCGCCUGAGGCUACCCAGGCUGAGGAUUUUGAGUCCUCUGGCGCGAAAUCCGACUACCCUCGUUCGUCUAUGGGCACGAGCGGCGACGAAUACGCGUCAAACACAGAUAACACGGAUUAUUCGAUCGACAGUCCGGAUACCUCGAAAGAAAUUAAGAGAAGCAACGCGCGUACGCCAUUCUGCCGAGCUCAGACUAUGUUUGUUGGACAUGCGGCAACCCCCAUGGACGUUGAGAUGGCAUCGCCAAGUCCCAUGGCUAUCGCAUCGCUCUCACUUUCUCCACGCCGAAACGGAACUACCAAGGCCCCCGUGUCGAAGCCAGCCAACAUUUUUGCCGCCAACGCGGCUGCAGGCAAUGUCGAUCCCCGCUGGGAACUUCAUCGAGAGCCCACUCUACUUGAGUCUGACGAUGACGAUGUUAUAAUCCCAUCCCCGACUAGACAAAUCAAGUCGGUGAAGAACCCCUUUACAUCCAAGACAAGACCAGUUCUUAGCUCGCAAAAGUCAUUACCAGGAAGCCGUCUGAGACAUAAGACUUCCAACACCGGAUUGGUGUCCAAAGCGACAGGCCAGUCGGAAGCCGCUGGCGGCCGUUCACCAAGCCGAAGCCCCAGCAAGAUUCCACAAACAGAUGGAAGCACUGUUCCUCCCGGACUAGCCCGCAAGCCAUCCAUGAAGAAGCUCAUAAGCGGCGAUACUCUGACCAAGACGGCAGUACAGAACACCAUCCGUGGACGUACGCUCGUCGAGCUUCAGCAAGCACGAACCACCGGUAGACCUAAUACGUCUGGUGGUAACGUACCUGGAUCAGAAAACCCAAGCCCUAAGAGAGCUACAUUACGCGAUCGGGUGCCCACUGGAGAGCCCAGGGAUGACUCCGUCGCGAUAUGGGACCCCGAGUGCGACGAUAUGCCCAGCCCUUUCCUAAACCGCCAGCGCCGCGUUGUUAAAGCCUAAACGAACAUCUGUGACCUGAAAGAAACUACAUGAAAAUAACGAGAGUCGGAGUUGUCUGCAUUUUUGUCUUAAUUUUGAAACGACGAGUUCGCGUUGCAGUAUGAUAUCCCACCCACUACCACCACCACCAAGACGCGCUGUCUUGUUUUUACCGACAUGUCUGAACAGCAUUUGAUUUUGGCGAUUACAGUACCCAAUUUUUCUUCUAAUUUUCUACCGUUUUCUGGCGUUGCGUGUCUGCUAUGGAGUUGAACUUUCGGAGACCGCGAAUGGACUGAUACCAACAGUCACUCUUUGGAUAAGGUGUUUUAAUGCUUUCCUUUUCCGUAUGGAUAACACAAAUUCUUGAUUCUUUUUUCUUUGUUGGUUCGAAACAAAUUUUCGAAUCAUUGCCACGCUGCACAAAGCCUUGGCUCAUUUCUGCUAGCAUGCAUAUUUCCUUCCUGUCUCGCAUAUUAUUUUUAUAUACCUGCUUUGUUUUGGAUGAAGCGUCGGUGUUAGUAUUCAUUUUAAAUAUAUUGACUUUCAAUCAUCCUGAAAAAUUCAAUUGCAAUAAUACAGCAAGCAAA